ACCUCCACCACCACCUCCACCUCAAUUCCCCAGCAAGCGGCAAUCCAAGUCCUGGAAAUCACUAUCAUAUCCGCCCAAGACCUUGCACCCAUCUCCAAAUCAAUGCGAACCUACGCAGUGGUAUGGGUUCACCAGGACCGCAAGUUAACCACGCGCGUUGACAACCACGGCCAUGCCAACCCUACCUGGAACGACAAGUUUGUGUUCUGUGUGGACGACGAGUUCCUGAGCUCCGACGCCUCAUCAGUCAUGGUCGAGAUUUACACUGCCUCCUGGUUCCGUCACAACCUCGUUGGAACCGUACGAGUUCUCAUAAACAAUCUCAUCCCUCCAUCUUCAAGAAAAAAAAACAAUUUCAUUAGCACCCGAUUUGUGGCGCUUCAGGUUCGUCGUGCUUCAGGUAAUCCACAAGGGAUUCUUAACAUGGGUGUUUCGCUUGUUGAUAACACCAUGCGAUGCAUUCCUAUGUAUUCAGAUCCUAGUCCCUCUGCCGCUGCCAAUGGAGAAGCAGAAGGAGCAACACAAGAAGAGAAAGAACGAUUAAAUGCAAAGAUACAACUUUGGCGCUCGCGGAGUGACAAAUCUGAAGACAAUAUCAACUCUGACGAUUUCCCUCCUUCUUCUAAAGAUGGUUCUCUAUGCAUUGGUUCGAUGAUAAAUGGGUCUGUAUACAACGGAUCAGCGGUGAACGGGAACGGAUCAGAGCUUUGCUCGGACGUGGGACCAUCAGCGUCAGUUGUAGCUGCAGCAAUUGCAAAGGGGUUGUAUCCAUCGCCAACAACAACAACAACAACAACAGAGGAAAAAAGGAUGAUUUCAAGAGGAGGAGGCGAAGUAGAGGAUGGAGAAAGCUCCUCCAUAUUAGAGGAUUUGACAAUUGAAGAGGCUAAGGCCAAAGGGUACAAAUCAAAGGUGGCAAGAUGGCGGACAGAGUUUCCAGGGACGGUGGACCAUUAUUCCAACAGGGACGACAGCAACCAUUCACGGCGGCACUCUGAUGGAGGCCUGUUUUCAUGCUUUGUGUACGGGAUUGAAUUCAGCAUCAAAUGUGGUGCUAAUAAUAAGAAUAAUAAUAACAACAACAAUAAUACAAACAAGAAGCCUAGUAGAGGUACUGGUGGUGGUAAGUCCAUGAAGCGAAGCCCUUCCCAUCAAAAUGUAAGCAUUUGCUGUAAAAACUCUUAAGCGAUUUCCGAAUUUAUUUAGAGAUCGAAAAAGGACUCUUUAUCUU